AUGGACGUGAGGGAAAGUAAUGCGGAUGAAGCAAAGAAAGAGGUUAAUGUUAGUGCUGAUGGAUCUCGUCCACACAAAAAGCGUGGCAGAAAGUCAAAAGCUGAACUUGCUGCAAUGGCGAGCAGCAAAGAAUCUCAAUCUCCCAAUGACGAAGAGAUCUCAUCUAUGUCAUCCCCAUCAUCGCAGAAACGACGUCGUCCAUCAGCUUACUCGUACACAGAAUAUUCGGAUGCUUCUGAUGGUAGCGACGUUGAAAUGCCCGCCGUAAAAUCCCCUAAAAUGUCACCAAAAACGCCUUCAACAUUUCCUAGCCAGAAAACUGACAAGAAAGAGAAGAUGGAUAAUGGAAUUGAGAAAGAGAGUGCCUCUCCCUCAGAAAGCUCACGGAGAGAUGUAUCUAGUACUAUGGUUACGGAAAAAAGGCGUCGCGGCAGGCCAAAGAAAUCGGGGAAGGUUGAGAGUGUCAGUAAAUGGAGUGAUGUGAGCACGGCGCAUGGGAGACUUACUUUACCCCUUGCUGUCCCGGAUAGCUGGCCACUUGUGACAAACAAGGACGAGAUUAUGACCGAAAUAGCCCAGAUGUACAACGAUGUUAAAGAAGAAAAACUCGGUGAAUUCCACAAUCAGAUCAAAGCCUUUGUGUUUCAACUGCAAUGGGUGAGCUCUAUGUUUGAUUAUGAAUAUUCGACUUUGUAAUA